UCCUCUUCUCACUUCUCAUUUCUCAACAUCCGUUAUCAUUUCUUCUUUCUCUCUCUUUCCUUUCACCGCCUAUAUAAAAUUAAUAUUUUAUAUUAACUUUUAAAAGGGAGUUUGCUGCUGUUAACUCUAUUUUAUUCAAUUCAAUUCUCAUUAGACAUUUAGUCAGAUUUUUUUUCCUUUCUUUUACGGUGCUUCUACCUUUCCACGCAAUCUCAACUCCCCCCCUUUUAGAGAUCGGAUAAUUUUCAGUUCUCGAAUUAUUUCCCCUCUGUAUUUGUAAAUCCUCACCUUUUCCGUAUGAUAGCUGUCUGGUUCAAGACUAACACUUAGUUACUUAUUCAAGGGUUCUAUUUGAUCAAGUUUUCUAGGACUUUUUACAUUGCAUUAUAUUGUUCAGUGCUUUGGAGCUUUGCAUCAGGAUUUGUCAUCUGAUUUUCUUUGUACAAGUUAACAAGUGACGAUUCUAUAGUUUUCAGUUUGCGUCUCUCAGAGAUACAGAUUACAGAAGACUGCGGUAGGAAAUAUAUUCAAAGUUCAGUGUCCUGCAUGUUCAAGAUGGCUGGUGUUAAACGAAGAAUAAUUACUGAUUUGGAUGUCCGUGCUCUCCAUAAAGAACUGGAUGAAGUCUCAUGUCCAAUCUGCAUGGACCAUCCACAUAAUGCUGUUCUCCUGCUGUGCAGCUCGCACGACAAGGGUUGCAGAUCUUACAUUUGUGACACAAGUUACAGGCAUUCAAAUUGCCUAGACCGAUUUAAAAAAUUAAGGGCUAAUUCUAGUAAGAGUCCAAUAUUACCUCAUCCCUUCCCCCUAAACCCUCCGAAUUCUAGUACUUUUGAUUUGAACUUGGCAUUAAGAACUGAUUUUGUUGAAGGUAAUGGAAGUCAAAAUCUGAGUGAAACCAAUAGCAUGGCAGGAGGAUCAGAAGAUAAUAUCCGAGAGUCAACUAGGAAUCUUGAUUCACAAGGAGAAGGUAUUAUAGAAAUAGCAGACUCUUAUUCCUUCCGGGGAAGAUCUGAAUCCGAAGAUGUAGAUGCUGAGAAUUUUAAAUCUAGGUUGAAAUGCCCUCAUUGCCGAGGGAACGUACUUCGCUGGGAGGUUGUGGAAGAGGCCAGAAAGUAUCUAAAUUCGAAGAAGAGAACUUGUUCUAGGGAAUCUUGCUCCUACUCUGGAAGUUACCAGGAAUUGCGUCGGCAUGCCAGGAGAGUCCAUCCGACAAUACGACCUUCAGAUAUUGACCCAUCCAGAGAACGAGCCUGGCGCCGCCUUGAGCACCAAAGAGAAUACGGUGACAUUGUAAGUGCUAUUAGAUCUGCCAUGCCUGGUGCCCUUGUGGUUGGAGACUAUGUUAUUGAGAAUGGAGAUAGGUUGGCAGCUCGAAGGGAGAAUAGCACCGGUGAAGCGAGUUCACCAUGGUGGACUACUUUCUUUCUGUUUCAGAUUGGUUCAGUCGACAAUGUUGGUGAAUCAAGAGCCAGGUCCAGGGUUUGGUCAAGGCAUCGACACCCUGGAGGAGCUGUAUCUGAGCGGAGGUUCCUUUGGGGCGAGAAUCUCUUGGGUUUGCAAGAUGACGACGAUGAAGAUGAUGUGCGUGUAAUAAGUGAUGUAGGUGAAGACGCAUCCCCAAGCCCAAGGAGACGCAGACGCCUGACGCGGUCAAGGUCAGAUGAAGAUCAGUCAUGAAAUAAAUCAGAUAUUUUUGCAGGUAAGUCCCAGUUGCUUGACAUUAUUUCGAAUGGGAUUUAUUUCGAACUGCUUUUCCCUGAUCCGGUCGGUAGUAUUCAUCCCAAGUAGUAUGCAUAAGCUUUUGCUGGUCUCAGAAUCCACCAUCUUGUGGGUUUCUAGUAUGUGUCAUCUGGAAUUAUGUAUUCAGACUUUUAUGUAUUCUGGCUUUAGACAAAUGUAUUUAGAUGUACUGAAGCUCAAACCAGUAUUUCUCUUCACUGGUCCUGCAUUACUAAGGAGUUUUAUACUGGCA